AGCGCGUGCAGAGAGCAGCUCCAUAUAAGGGCAUGCUGAUGAUGUAAUGGUGCAUAGGCAGGACCCAGGAGCACAUCCCUUAUUGUUUGGUAUGAAGGCUCACACUGGAGUACGGGAUCUUAGGCGAACACAGCUGCACGAGGGAGGCUUUCCCACAGAUUGAAACUUCUGAUCGAUCAGGAGAAGGCCUUCCAGGAGAGAAAGGACGAGGAGCACAACUCAAAGGUCUCGGCUCUGAAGGAGGAGCUGACCAAACUCAAGUCUUUCGCUUUGAUGGUCGUGGACGAACAGCAGCGUCUGAGUGAGCAGCUCCAGCAGCAGACGGCCAAGGUCCAAGAAGCCAGCGCCUCCGCCUCCCAGGCCCAAGAGGAGCUCAACGCCACCACCGCCCGCUUGCACGAAGAGGAAGAGAAGGUCAGACGCUUAGAGGCCCAGCUCCGAGAUCAGUCCGCCAAACACCACCAGGAGCAAGAGGCCAUGACCGCGAAGCUGACCCACGAGGACGCCCACAACCGCCAGCUCCGCCACAAGCUCUCAGCACUCAGCCGAACAUUGGACGAGCUGGAAGAGAGCAACAAGACUCUGCGGAGAGCUGACGAGGAACUGCAGGAGAUCAGGGACAAGAUCAGCCGCGGCGAGUGCGGAAACUCUAGCCUCAUGUCCGAGCUGGAGGAGUUACGGAAGCGCGUGCUGGAGAUGGAGGGGAAGGAUGAGGAGCUGAUCCGAAUGGAGGAUCACUGCAGAGAUCUCAACAAAAAGCUGGAGAAAGAAGCAGUGCAAAGCCAGAGCCUGAAGAACGAGGUGGACAAACUCAACCACAGAAUUAUGGACUUGGAGAAGUUGGAGGAUGCGUUUAGCAAGAGCAAACAGGAAUGCAACGCGCUCAAAAGCAACUUAGACAAGGAGCGGACAGUAUCCAAACUGCUCUUCAGCGAACUCGAAAGCUUACAGGGUCGUGUGAGAGAACUAGAGGCCGCAGAGAGUCAGUUAGGAAAGAGUGAGCUGACAUUAAAAGAGGAUCUGUCCAAGUUAAAGACGCUGACGGUGAUGCUGGUGGACGAGAGGAAAGCCAUGAGCGAAAAGCUGAAGCAGAUGGAGAACAAAGUGCACAGCAGCACGGGGAAGCUGCAGGCCGAGCAGGACAAGGUGACCACGGUGACGGAGAAGCUCAUCGAGGAGAGCAAGAAGGCCCUGAGGUCAAAGGCCGAGCUGGAGGACAGGAUGUGCAGUGCCACCAAAGAGAGAGAUGAACUGAGAGCUAAACUGAGAACCGAAGAGGAGAGGAGUGGCGAUCUGGAAUCUAAGAUCAGCCUGAUGAAGAAGCGUCUACAGGCCCUGGAGACAGUCGAGAGGGAGUAUCUGAGGAAUAAGGCCAAAGAGGAGCACAUCAAAACACCAAUCGCAAACCGCUUCCAGCAAGAGGACAACAAGGUGAAAGACUUGACACAGGAAGUGGAGAGGCUGAGACGUAAGCUUAAAGACAUGAAGGUGGUAGAAGGAGACUCGUUUAAGACAGAGGAGUUUGAGCUACUCGAGAAGAGAUUCACGAACGAGCAAGAGAAAGCCAAGGCAUUGAUGGAAGAGUUGGAGAUUUCAAAGAAGGAACUGUCGAAAUAUCAGCUGGCGGAGAAGAAAGAGUGUAACCAGGAGACGGUUCUGUACAAGAGACUGAAGGAAGAGGAGGCCAAGUCCAGCCACCUGAGCCGCGAAGUAGCCGCGCUCAAAGAGAAGAUACACGACUACAUGGGCACAGAGGACUCCAUGUGCAGAAUGAAAACGGACCACUCCAGCCUGCAGAGGAAGCUCACCCAGCAGGAAGUCCGGAACAAGGAGCUGUCCAGGGAGAUGGAGGGCCUCACGAGAGAGCUGGAGAGGUACAGGAGGUUCAGCAAGAGCCUGCGCCCGGGCAUGAACGGAAGGCGCUUCUCCGACCUCCACCUGUCCACCAAAGAAGUCCAAACUGAGCCUGUUGAUCUACUGUCGCCUCAGCACAAGACCAUGGUGCCACUGGAACGCGCUGUGGUCAAUGGAAAGCUCUACAAUGAAUCUGAAGACACAAAUUACAACAAUGAGCUUCAAAUAAACAAGUGCACCUCUUCCAUGAUGAAUAACUUGAACAACAGUAUGCGGAGAGCCAGGGCGCCGAUGUUGAAAACCAAAGAGCCGGUGCAUCAGGUGAACGGUAACGUGUCCCCAAGGCAAAACGGUGACGUGGUGUUGACCCACAGCCCGGGCCAGCCCCUGCACAUCAAAGUGACCCCCGACCUCAGCCAGACCACCGCCACCCUGGAGAUCACCAGCCCCACCUCAGACCCUCCGCAAUCCUUCACCAGCACGGCCGUCAUCCCCACCAGCGGAGCCCCGCCCAAACAGAGGAUCACCAUCAUCCAAAACGCCUCGCUGUCUCCAACCGCCAAGUCCCCCAAAUCCAAAAUGCUGGACGACCCCUGCUCGCCGGACAGAACCACGUCCCCGUUCACGGUGACGGCGCUGUCGAGAGCGAUGACCCCGGAUUCGUGCGGUUCCGUGACCCCCGACCGAGCGAUGUCCCCGAUACAGAUAGUCCCAGGCGAGCCCGUGGAAGUGGUGGGCGGGCACGCGGUGUUCAGGGUGACCCCGGAGAGGCAGGGCGGCUGGCAGGUGCAGAGGUCCAACAGCACGGGACCCAACGUCAUCACCACGGAAGACAACAAGAUCCACAUCCACCUCGGGAGCCCGUUUCUGAACAUCGGGGGUUCCGCGGAGCAGAGGACUCAGGUGGUGGCGAACUGUAGCACGCCCCCUCCCAAAGUAAACAGCAAAAUCACCAGUAGCAUAAUGAUAAAACCCAGCGCCAGUCCAGUGCAAAGGCCCUCACAAGUAACAGUAAGUAACGCUUUUGACUGACCAUCUCCCAUCAUCCACCCCUCCGCCCGAGAGCCAGUGCCCAACCCUCAUAGACGCCCAUCCUACCACCACCCUCCGCCACCACCGCCACCCGAUCCUCAGUCCUCCUCCCUGAGCCAUGCGUUGUUUUUAUGAAUUGUAUGUUUUGCGCUUGGUCAUGAGUGAGUUAACUAAAGAUUAACUGUUUUUGCAUGAACCCAAAUGAUUAGAGCAUUGCGUUAUUUUAUAAAGAUGCACUCUGUCAUUUUCAGAGGUGGGUAGAACUUACAGAACUUUACUAAAUUUUUAAUAAACUACAUUUACUAAAGAACAAAAGGACUUUCCUAGCAAUAUACUUUUACUUCUACUUGAAUAACUUUGAUUUUGGCUGCGUUCAGACUUUAGGGACUACAGGGCUUAAUGCUCAAGUCGUAUUUUUUUAUGAAAUCUGAUUUUCUUACGAGAUCGUUCACAUUUCCAAUUAAAUGUGACUUGUAUGUGAUCUUUAGUGUGAACUUUAAACGCCCCAAAAGUGUUUCACAUGUGCUGACAAUAUGAAAUGAUUUGAACAUUUGUGUUUCUUGCAACGCUCCUACAGAUACACUGCAAAAAACCAAAAACUAAAUCUAGCCAAGUUAAGAUGACUUGAAUUAAGAGAGUUUUUUUCAUGAUUUGAGUAAAUUUCACUUGACAAGUAAAAUGAUCUGACAGGAGAACAAGACUUUUUGUGCUUAAAUUAUUAAAAUACAUCUUUCUACACUUAAAAUAAGAAAAACAACAACUUUUUGCACUUAAAAGAAGAAACAAAAUCUAAUUUUGCUUGAAUUAAUUUCCUUUGGUAGAUCAUUUUACUUGUCAAGUUGCCUCUACUCAAAUAAAGUCAAAUGAUCUUAAUUUAAGUCAUUUUAAAUUAGCUAGAUUUUUUUUUUUCCCCAGUGUAUUUGUCCCAUUUUCAAUCAUUGUCAGAUUUUGUGCAAUACUUAAGUUUUUCUCCUUUAAAUUACAUUAAUUUCAAAUUAUAAAUCAGAUCUAAUGUCCUCACAGUUUUGACUUGAGUAGUACUUUUUCCAAAUACUUUUUUUUUUACUAUUUCUUGGACCACUUACUUUUACUUGAGUAAUAUGCUUUUGAAGUAAUAUUACUCUACUCUCCCACCUCUGGUAACGUUUCUAGUUGAGUCAUUAUCUUGCUUGUUUCUAUGUUAUUUCUUCAGAAUGAUCCUCAGUAUGGCAUUAAACUUAUCUCCAUGGAAACAAGCGAUUAACACCAGUAAAAAUACAUGUUUGUCAAGUUUUUUUUUUCCCACCACAUGUAAUUGAAGAAAUGCAGGAGAGGUUUAAUGCCAUACUGUGGAACAUUCAAGUCGAAGUAAUAACAUCUCCAUGGAGACAAGCAAACAGCAGAUCUCUCACUAGAAACGUGACAUGGUGCAUCUUUAUGAGCAGGUUUAACCCAUGUGCACUUACUGUAUACUACUCCAUGGUGUGUUCACCAUGUAGACUGACACUCCCUCACUGAUGUCAUAUUUUUAUACUUCAUGUUACGCAGUACUUUGCCAUGUGUCGUGUGCCAAACUCGCUGAUGUCAUAGUUUGAUGCUUGCCAGUGUUCUUAAAUCUGCUUCAGACAGCACGUUUUGAUUGUCUUAUAAGAAAAAAAAGAGUUUUCAAAUGAUGAAAGGGAUUGAAAUCUAUAUUUUUAAUGAAUGUGUGGUUUUAUUUUUGAUGCAUGCACAGUAAAGUCUGAACACCCAAUCACUAAA